AAAGGAAACAACAGAAAUUUUCUUCUCAGCUUAGAAAAGUCCGUUUAUAUAUCACACAGCUCACGGCGCACGUUUUCGGGGCAUCGCUGCUUGUGAAAUUUACAUUUACAGGAUUUUUCGUAGUUUUCGUUUGUCCGCUUUGCCUGAAAUGCAAAGAAAAUGUCGAAAGCCAUUAAAUCCGCUUUGAUCGUGUGAUUGUGUUAGAUAAUGCCAUAUAGCACUAUUAGCGUUGCAUAAAACAAAUCCAAAAUAUAUUCAUAUGCUUAAAACUAUUAUAACAUCAGCAGCAUACAAAUCUUCUUCCAAAAAGUAAAAGGCAAUUCUCUACCUUUCGGAAUAAUUGAAACCAUGGGAGUGUUAACGCAAGCCCAUACAUAAAUCACGAUAAAUGUCUCCAAUCAGCGAGCCGCAUGUCAGGUAAAAAAAUCAGAACAUAAUCAAUCUAAGUAUAACUAGCAAGUGACGAAGAUCAUGGCCAUGCCCGGGAUAUGUAAAGGCUGCACCUUAAUGCUAAUCAUCACAAUUAUGGCAAGUACGAGUUCAAAAACAUGGACAUUAGACGCACAGCAAUUGCCUCAAGCCAUCAAGAAUCGGCAAGGCAUUAAGUCAUCAUAUAAACCCAGAAACACAAGCGUCAACGACUCGUUUCCACCGAUUUCUUCGCCAGAAGCUUCUAUUGAAAGCCAUUAUGUCUACAUUGCCUCUCUUGUUCGUAACAGUAACGACUUGCCUCAUUUCAACAAUGCCGUGGACGAGGAGCAGGAGCCAGAUGAGCAACGAACAGAUGAAGCAAUAUAUCUGACACCCAUUUUUGACUUUGGUAUGCCCAGGAAUAUAACAACUCGAACAGGACAUACGGCGGCCAUCAAUUGCCGAGUGGACCAUCUGGGAGAUAAAUCGGUAUCCUGGAUAAGGAAACGCGAUUUGCACAUCCUGACUGCGGGCGUUUUGACCUACACCUCUGAUGAGCGUUUCAAGGUUGUACGCACCGCCGACUCCAAGGAUUGGACAUUGCAUGUGAAAUACGCUCAGCCACGUGACAGCGGUAUCUACGAGUGCCAAGUGAAUACGGAGCCAAAGAUUUCGAUGGCAUUCCGCCUGAAUGUCAUAGUGACGCCGCCAGAUGCCAAAGCGAUUAUUGCUGGUCCGACGGAUUUGUACGUCAAAGUAGGCAGCGUCAUAACGCUCACAUGUGUGGUAAAACAGCCAACGACAUCGGCACAGGAUAUUGGGCCAAUUUACUGGUAUCGCGGCCCAUACAUAUUAACUCCGUUUGUUGCCCAUCCGAAUGAAGCGGCCAUUGAUUUGCAGCGUAUCUCGAUGGAAUCAACUCUGGCCGAGAAGCUACAGAGCAGAUUACGCAUUGCUAAUGCACAACUGCUUGACACCGGCAAUUAUACGUGCAUGCCGACCACAGCGGAGGCGGCCAGUGUGCUGGUCAAUGUCAUCAAUGAUGAAAGCCCAGCGGCGAUGCAGAAAAGUAAAGGUGUCCGAGUAUCCAGCAGCAGUCGGAGCACUUGUAUGGUUCUCCUCAUGGCGUUGGUUGCCAGUUUAGUUGUGCGAUGGCUUCUCCCCUGCAACUGCUCCAACGCCUACUCGAAUUUAUCCAUUCUGCAUAUCAACUAUAUCAACUAUUGUAUUCCAGUAGUGGACUGGAAGCCGCAAGCGAUCAGAGUCAACCGAAAGAUUCAGCGGCAACAGCUUCGGGUAGACCAUGAGGAAACUUUGUCGGAAUCAUGAUAAGUAAUUUAGUAUGUGGAUAUUUAAGUGUAUUGUACAUAGGACUAUUUAAGAGUGACGAUUCUUAACUUAAGAAUGAAUAUAAACAUACGAUCCAGACCAUACAGAAUAAGGAAACCAUUGAGUAGUUUGUGUGAAAUAUAUAUUUAAUCAACCACUAAAGACUUUAAUCAAUAAAUUACAUGCAAUAACUUUAAUUGAUAAUGCUGGAAACUUACAAAAACGGCUGCUAAACUGUUCAUCGAAAAUUUGUAUCUUUUUUAUAUUUUCUAUCUGAAAAAAACAAACAAAAUAGCUAAUACGUUAUUAUACGUAUUUCUGAUUUGUAUGAAUAGCUUUAAAUAUUAUGGAAAAAUCGAGUUGAUCGAAAGCUGCAACUGAACGCGAAAUUUUCAGCGAAUGUAAAUGAAAACUAAGCUGUGUGAAUAUAAAAGCAAACUACUGACUUGGCAAAACCACACCAAUAUUAAAUAAUGUAUAUGAUU